CUUCCGCCCUCCUGCUUCCCGUGUCUCUCGUGCCGCUAUCGUCGUCACAACUCCAUUCGCUCUCAUACCCAUCGUCGUCGCUCGUUAACUGGUCCCCAACUACGUGUUAGGCCGGCCGGCUCUUGGCCACAAACCGCAUUGAAAAUGCGUGCAACCGCCUUUGUCGGUGCUCUAGGCAUCCUUCAGUUAGUCGGAUUUGCCACAGCUGCGAUUGUUACUGUAAUGGUUACCACCAGUACUGGUGAUAAUGUCACGACGUGUUCCGCUGUGACAGUGACCGUCACCGCUACGGUUACGGUAUGCCCAACGACUACCACGUCGGAAACCAGUUUCUCCACGACCACCCCCACAUCAAGGAUAGCGCCGACUGAGUCGACCAGCUCUUCUAGUUCUUCAAGUUCCUCUAUUUCCCAGAGCAGCAACAGCAAUUCGGAUACCGCCCUGCCGACAACUUCCAGCGGAUCUCCCUCGACUUCUCCCUGUCCUGUGACUGGAACGAUAACAGAGCCGUGCGAAACUAGCAGCUCUUCAAUCCGUUACACGACCUACACAUGUGUAGUUCCGAUACCACACAGACCCCCUAAAACGCCACUGCCAGACCCAACGUCACACUCUGAUGAUGAAGUCGUGCCGAAUGCAUCCGCUGUGAUCACGCCUCCGGCCCAAGCCAGCUCUAUUCCAGUCUCGAUAACCACCGUCGUCGUCGUCGACGCCGGCUCGUCGGAGGCCAGCCAACCACGACCCGUCCCGGCAUCCUCUGACGGAGAUGACGCCCCUUCAACCCAGAGCGAGGUCGACCCGUCCUUACCAUCCACCCUGUCAACAAUCAUUGUACGGUCGCCUAAUUUGGCUCGCGGGACGCCUACUGCGAGUCACGGCUCCGGAAGGCUUGCACGUGCAAAGAGAAAUUCUUUGGGCCGUCCCACCUUCGGUGCCAGUGAUGACGGUGCUCCUAUCCGGAACCCGGCGGACGCGUGACCCUGCUCCUGGACGAUGAGACGGCGCGUGCGAGAAGGCUCCCGGUCGAUGCCCGGUCUGUUCCGCUGAAGCGUGUACCAAUGGGACGACAAGACGGCUGCGCUUGACUCUAUAAUGUUGGAGGUUACAAUGCGGUAUUGUCGGUAUGUGCCAUCUAGGGUCGAAGAACUGGCAGGCGUUUAGCAUUAAGCAAGCUUGCUUCGGAUGUAGGGUGUAUUUCUAGCAGGUGAGGUUACGAUAAGGCUAAGGAUGUUACCAAUUGAAAGAGCUGGAGGUAUUUUAGAGAUGACGGUAGCCUUGGUCGGCGUCUUGCUGCUAUGUAAUGUCUAC